AUCUUGAAAGAAUUUUGAUAAUUCCCCCCCUUUUCUGGCUCAGCCAUCGCUGCCGCGCACGUCUGCCGCUCAACAGCGCGAGACGGGCUCUCUGGGCCUCUUAAGGGGGGAGUUCAAACGUUUUUGCUGGCCUCAGACCAUGCAUGCCGCAUUCCUGAGCCUCAGCACCGGGAGAGAGAGGUCCCCGGCUCCAGAUGGGUCCUUGCCAGGGCUUCAAACACCUAGUGAACUGCUGGGACUCUGUAGAGGUGGUGGGAUGGCUGCUGGUAGGGGACUGCUCGUCUUUGCAGCUCAGGGUGUGCUUGGGAGGAGACGCGCAGGGCACGGAGGAGGCAGCCAGAAUGAUGCUCACUGCCCUGUCCAAGGAAUAAGAAUCUUUCCCUGUCCUGGGAUCCACUCUGCCAUGGAACUUCUGCUUCUAUGUGGAGUCAAGCCUGGCUGGCUGCAGUUGCUGAGCAUAGUGAGGCUCCUGCUUCAUGCCUUGAUUUUGCCCAGCUGAAGAGACCCUGAUGGACACAAAGUGGGUGACCUCUGAGUUGGCAUGGACAACUCAUCCGGAGACAGGGUGGGAAGAAGUCAGUGGUUAUGAUGAGGCCAUGAACCCUAUCCGCACGUACCAGGUCUGCAACGUACGGGAGGCCAACCAGAACAACUGGCUUCGUACCAAAUUCAUCCAGCGCCAGGAUGUCCAGCGCGUCUAUGUGGAGCUGAAGUUCACUGUGCGGGACUGCAACAGCAUCCCCAACAUCCCUGGCUCCUGCAAAGAGACCUUCAACCUCUUCUAUUACGAGUCAGAUACGGAUUCUGCCUCUGCAAACAGCCCUUUCUGGAUGGAGAACCCCUAUAUCAAAGUGGAUACAAUUGCCCCAGAUGAGAGCUUCUCCAAGCUGGAGUCUGGCCGCGUGAACACCAAGGUGCGCAGCUUUGGCCCUCUCUCCAAGAAUGGUUUUUAUCUUGCCUUCCAAGACCUGGGAGCCUGCAUGUCCCUCAUCUCUGUCCGGGCUUUCUACAAGAAAUGCUCCAACACCAUUGCUGGCUUUGCUAUCUUCCCGGAGACUUUAACGGGGGCCGAGCCCACUUCCCUGGUCAUCGCCCCGGGCACCUGCAUCCCCAAUGCAGUGGAGGUGUCUGUGCCCCUCAAGCUGUACUGCAACGGCGACGGCGAGUGGAUGGUACCCGUGGGAGCAUGUACAUGUGCUGCUGGAUAUGAGCCCACCAUGAAGGAUACCCAGUGCCAAGCGUGCGGUCCAGGAACCUUCAAAUCUAAACAGGGGGAAGGUCCCUGCUCUCCCUGCCCUCCCAAUAGCCGGACCACCUCUGGAGCAGCAAUGGUCUGCACUUGUCGAAACGGCUUUUUCCGGGCCGACACGGACCCUGCAGACAGCGCCUGCACCAGUGUCCCCUCAGCUCCCCGCAAUGUCAUCUCUAACGUGAACGAGACGUCACUGGUGCUGGAGUGGAGCGAGCCGCAGGACACGGGCGGGAGGGAUGACCUGCUCUACAACGUCAUCUGCAAGAAAUGCAGCGUGGAGCGGCGCCUGUGCACCCGCUGCGACGACAACGUGGAGUUCGUGCCGCGCCAGCUUGGCCUCACUGAGCGACGCAUCUACAUCAGCAACCUGAUGGCCCACACCCAGUACACUUUCGAGAUCCAGGCCGUGAAUGGCAUCUCCAACAAGAGUCCCUACCCUCCCCAUUUUGCCUCUGUCAACAUCACCACCAACCAGGCAGCCCCAUCUGCUGUACCGACAAUGCACCUGCACAGCAGCACCGGGAACAGCAUGACGCUGUCAUGGACUCCCCCAGAGAGACCCAACGGCAUCAUUCUGGACUAUGAGAUCAAGUAUUCAGAGAAGCAAGGCCAGAGUGAUGGCAUCGCCAACACAGUCACCAGCCAGAAGAACUCGGUGCGGCUGGACGGGCUGAAGGCCAAUGCUCGGUACAUGGUGCAGGUGCGGGCACGCACCGUGGCGGGAUACGGCCGCUACAGCCUCCCCACGGAAUUCCAGACGACUGCGGAGGGCGGUUCCACCAGCAAGACUUUCCAGGAGCUGCCUCUGAUCGUGGGUUCGGCCACUGCAGGGCUGGUGUUCGUCAUCGUGGUGGUGGUGAUUGCUAUCGUCUGCUUCAGGAAAGGGAUGGUUACUGAACACCUCCUCUCGUCUCCUUUGGGCAGGAAGCAGCGCAACAACACCGACCCUGAGUACACAGAGAAGCUGCAGCAAUAUGUUACCCCUGGGAUGAAGGUGUACAUUGACCCUUUCACCUACGAGGACCCAAACGAAGCUGUCCGGGAAUUCGCCAAAGAGAUUGACAUCUCCUGUGUGAAAAUUGAGGAGGUCAUUGGAGCAGGAGAGUUUGGUGAGGUGUGCCGUGGGCGCCUGAAGCUGCCUGGCCGCCGCGAGAUCUUCGUGGCCAUCAAGACACUGAAGGUGGGCUACACGGAGCGGCAGCGGCGGGACUUCCUGAGUGAGGCCAGCAUCAUGGGCCAGUUCGACCACCCCAACAUCAUCCACCUGGAGGGGGUGGUGACCAAGAGCCGCCCCGUCAUGAUCAUCACGGAAUUCAUGGAGAACUGUGCGCUUGACUCCUUCCUCCGGUUGAAUGAUGGGCAGUUCACAGUCAUCCAGCUGGUGGGAAUGAUGCGAGGCAUCGCCGCUGGCAUGAAGUACCUUUCAGAGAUGAACUAUGUGCAUCGGGAUCUGGCUGCCCGCAACAUUCUGGUCAACAGCAACUUGGUCUGCAAAGUGUCUGACUUUGGGCUCUCUCGCUUUCUGGAGGAUGACCCAGCUGACCCCACCUACACCAGCUCCCUGGGAGGCAAGAUCCCAAUCAGAUGGACAGCUCCUGAGGCCAUCGCCUACCGCAAAUUCACUUCAGCCAGCGAUGUGUGGAGCUACGGCAUUGUCAUGUGGGAAGUGAUGUCCUACGGGGAGCGACCUUACUGGGACAUGUCCAACCAGGAUGUGAUCAAUGCUGUGGAGCAGGAUUACCGCCUGCCACCCCCCAUGGACUGCCCCACUGCACUGCACCAGUUGAUGCUGGACUGCUGGGUGCGGGACCGCAACCUGAGGCCCAAAUUUGCACAGAUUGUCAACACGCUGGACAAGCUCAUCCGCAAUGCUGCCAGCCUGAAGGUCAUCGCCAGCGUCCAGUCUGGCAUCUCCCAACCGCUCUUGGACCGCACUGUCCCAGAUUACACCACCUUCACCACCGUGGGAGACUGGCUGGAUGCCAUCAAAAUGGGACGGUACAAGGAGAACUUCGUCAAUGCUGGGUUUGCCUCCUUUGACCUGGUGGCACAGAUGACUGCGGAGGACCUGCUGAGGAUAGGGGUGACGCUAGCAGGGCACCAGAAGAAGAUCCUGAGCAGCAUUCAGGACAUGAGGCUGCAGAUGAACCAGACGCUCCCAGUGCAGGUUUGACCACAGGGGACUCUGCAUUGGAACGGACCAAGGGAACCUGCCAUAAAGGUUCAGUUUGUGGUGCAGCCCAGCUUCCUGUUUUCCCCUCCACACGGCGCUCCUCUGCCUCGGACGGUCGCCUGGGACGGGAUGGGACGGGACGCCCUUUCCUGGAUCAAAGGCACUCAUGCUGAAGGAGCCCAGCUUUUCGUCCCUUGUCCUGGAAUGGCGAGGCAGCAACACAUCUUCAUAUUGAAGAUGGAUUAUGGGACAGAGAUGGCACAUCCCACUUCCCACCCUGUCUUGGUGCUCAUCGGUUUGAAGAGUUGUUCUGCUUCUUGGAUUUCUUUUCACCCUGUUUUCCCCCAAAUCCUCACUUCCCUCACCUCCCUGAGGCCACAGACUGUUGACCCGUCCGCCGAGUCUGUCAGACAUGUCCAAAGCCUUCCCUAACUCUGUUCCCCACAUGGAAGCAGCCGGGGGAGGCCGAGCCAGCGACAGGGCUGGGGCCACCAGCCCCAGACAAUCACUCCUCUUCUCCAGCCCUGGCAAGCCCUCCGCCCAAGGGUCUGCACUGGAACGUGUCCGAAGGGAAGGCUUUGCUCCCUUUCUUGGCUUUGCACGCCAGAACCCGAACCCGAUUUACUAUGCAGGGAGUUAGGCAAAAAAAAAAAAAAAGCAUAAGAAAAAAGAAAAAAAAAGAGAUAUAUUAAAAAAAGAUAAGAGGGAGCAGAAAGGGGAGGGAGGGGGACCGGGUGCCCGGCUCCUCAUCUCUUACCCUCUUGGUUCUCCUGGCCGGCUCUGGACUGCAGAGCGAGGCCAUCAGCACGUUUGCACAGGGACCCUCCGCCCCCGGACUGACGGCAGCCGCGCUCCCCCGAGGGCCGGAGAGCGGGGCUGGGGCGGGGGCUGCGCCGGGGGCCGCGGCUCCCCCCGCCUCCUCUUUUAUGCAGAAGGAGCAGGUGCCGCCGGCGCGGCCGCCCGCUCCUGACACACGCUGUGAUUGCUGCCAAAAGACUCACUCACCUUUCCCUGAGGAUUCACUGCAGCCCGGUUCCUCCGAGCCGAGGGAGAGACUCCCAGCGUGCCUGAGUGUGCGUGAGUGUGUGCAUGCGUGCGUGGGUGUGUGCUGGCCGCAGGACUGUGGGAGGCAAUGGGCAGAAUAAAGGCAAUAAGAAUUUUACCCGAGUUUCCUUUGCUCGAUCGCGCUCUCAUUGGAUGGGCCCGGCUGCCUGCAGCUUCGCUGCCCACCAGGGUCAUCCUCCUCCUCCUCCUGGCCAACCCCAAGCUGGCUGUGUGCCCCUUUCUGCUCUCCUCUUCUCUUGCUGUCAUGUUUUCAGGUUGCCUGACAGGGACCAGGCAGUGAUCCUGUACCAACCCUGUGGUGCUGGGAGACCCAGCACACUCCCCAUGAGGCACACUGAGGGUGAAGACUCUGAGUCCCAGGUCAAAGCCAGUCAGGAAACUAAUGUACUAGAAAUACUCAGCCUUUUUUUCCCCUGUACCCUCCUCAAGUCAAGCUGGAAUUGUGGGAAGCAAACAGGGAAUGUGAAAGCCAAGCAGGGAACAGCCGUGCACACUGCUCAUCCAAUGCCAGAGGGUCCCCACAGCUCCGGGGCUUCUCCAUAGGGCACUGCUGCUCCCCUGCCUCCCUCUGGGCAGUCUGCCCUCAGCAGGAGGGUCGCAGCAGCCCCUGGCACCCCUGGAUUACUGGCCUCACUCCUCUACAGAAUGGCUCUUGAGCGGGGGGAGCUCACCAGGGUGAUCAGACCAGCUGCAGGUGGCAAGGUAACCCCCUGGGAGAGCAAUCUGGGGGGGCCAUGUCCUCAGUCUAGGGGAGAUUUGUCCACAGUAGCCAAGUGGACCCCCAGUUGCUCAUCCUGGGUUUCUCAGGUCCCCCUCGGCUGCACUACCUUGCUAACUGGCUUUUGGGGUGCUUUGCUGGCAGUCCAGAGGGGCAAGUGGUCUCUCCCCAAGAUGAGGGGGUGCACCCCUAUGCUCCCCAGUGCUUGUCCCUGAUCCCCUCCUCCCUGGGCUGACAAGGCAGGUGCUGUUUUUUCCCUUCCCUUGGAACAGGCCUGCCCUUGGGUUUCUCAUUAACCCUGUCCUCCUCCACAGGGUAAACAAGUCCAGGAGGGCAGGUGGCAGCAGGUCUUGCAGCAGGAAUGGUCUCCCCACAUCCCACCGUGUCCUCUGUGAGAUGUACCUCAGAUGUUGGCUGACAGGGACACCACAGCCCCAUUUUGCUGGGGUUUCCCAUCCUGGCUUGCUCCCUACCCUGGCUGCUCCCCAGCCCCAUCGUGGUGGGACCCCAAACAGCAGCACUGGGUAGACCUCACCCCUCUCCCAGAUCAGGAGAAGAAACCUGGCAUUGAGAGGCUUUUAAGAGCAAGUGGCUGAAGAGAUAUGAGAGCCUGUUUGAAGCUUGCAAACCACCCACAGCCCCCCGCUGCAGAAGCACAAUGGGGCACAGGGGCCGCCCCUGCCUCCUUUGCCACCCAGCCCCUGCUGCUGCUGCUGCAUAAUUUGGGGUCCCACCAGCCCUGGUGCAUCUCAAACAUCCCCAUCUCAGUCCUCCAUCCUGGCCUGGCUUUGCUUUGAGGAGGGGUUGUUCUCAUUUUAAACAAACCCCUUCUCCCACCCUUCUCUAUGCACACCCUGCUCCCAUGGGGCAGGACACACCAUCCCUGCAGCCAGCCCCGGGUCUCACCCCAGCCACAGGGGUGCACCCAGCAGCUCUCCACAUCCUGUACCUGCCUCCUCCCUUUCCAUACAGAUCUGGGGGAAAGCUGUGUUCCAUGGUGAAAGAAAAGCAACAGCGAAAAACAGCAGCCAGGGAAAUCAAUGCGAGCGUGCGUUUGUAAAAAUAUUUUUUAACGGAAAGACUUUUUUUCAAUUAAAUUAUUUAAGGAAUUUUAUGGA